AAAUUGAAUUCUGCCGCUGUCAGACGCGCUGUGGGUAUGAGUUAAACUGCCAAGGGACUACUGCAAGGACUAUUUUAUCACCAUCAUCAUUCUGGGUGAUUUACCAAGUAUUGGAAGGGCCAAAUCGUCACCAAUAAAUGUGGGAACUGUAGGCAAUAGCGUUAGAUUGGCUGGAGGUUCGAUCGAAAAAGUGUGUGAGUUGGUAACAUAGACGAGAUGUACUCACAGUAUUGGAAUACGGCUCGAGGACGCAAACCGGACUACAGGAGAUAUACGGUUGUUGAGGGAGAGACCCUGAUAUCUCUGGGAGUCAAUGCAAGGAGGAGGCUUCAUUCGGCGCCGGUGGAGGAAGUCGAAUGCGGCGGCCGGCCGAACCCUGAGGGCGCUGGGUCAGUGUCUGUGACGGAGUUGAGUCACUACGGGGGAAAGGCAGAAGGCGAGGGGCCCUUGUGCCAACGAUGUCAGAUCAUCGCUACAGAGCUGAACAGGCAAGCGCUUGCUUUGGCCGAUCCUGCGUCCCUGAAGGACCCGGGCUUCGCUGUGUUCCUGUUCGACAAGCUCCAGCACCUCCAGUGUCCACAUAGGGGCCCGUAUGCUAGAGAGGACAGCACCUGCCAGGUCUGUGGCACUGCCCUCCACCAACUGAGACGCCUGGCCCUGCAGAAAGCCUUGGGCCUCACCGGAGACAUGCCCGACCUGCAUCCUGGAGCUUUCUCCUCAGGGCUGACCCCCCGCCCUGCCGCCCACAGCGUGGGCACCCUACCCUGCCAGGACUGGUCCAUGGAGGACUCGCCAGCCAAGCAGCCACCCAGGUUCUAUGAUCAGAUUCCUGGGGAAAGGUUCAGGGGGGGACUCCAGGGUUGGGGUGGGAUCCAGAGCAGCUACAUGGGAGGGUCCAAGUCCACGGUGACUCCCAUACCACAGCACUUUCUGGAGGGAGUGUGGAGAGUCUCUCGUGUCAGGAGGGAUCAUCAUCCUCAUUCUGCUAUGACGCAGGGCUUGACUCCUGACCCAUACAGGAACUACAUGCCCAUUGCCCCUGGGAGCCCCAUCUAUGACUAUGCCAACAUCACUCCUACCGUACCCCAGCCCCAGCCCACCCCCACCCAAACCAGCCACACACCCUCCGCUGCAGCCUCGUUCUUCAUCAGGGCCGCCCAGAAGCUCAGCCUCUCGUCCAAGCGGAAGAAGCCCCAGCAGCCUCAGCUCCAGUCUCCACCCGAACCUGCCGAGCCCCUGGUCUACACAGGUGGCUUCAGCGGCGCCCUGCAGCUGUCCCCACCUGCCGUGCCGCCAUGCCUCCUCCGGGCCGGUUCAAAGGUCAAGGACACCCCAGGGAUGGGAAAGGUCAAAGUGAUGGUACGCAUCUGCUCUGCCCAGGGCUCCAGCAACACCUCGGAGUCCAGGUCAUUUCUAAAGGUGGACGCCCGCAAGAAGCAGCUCACCCUCUGCGAAACGUCCGCUAACUGCCACUCCAGUGCUGCCCAGAGGCGCGCCGCCGCAGCCGCCCCCAAGAUGUUUGCUUUCGAUGCUGUUUUCUCCCAGGAUGCAUCACAAGCUGAGGUGUGCUCGGGGACGGUGGCGGAGGUCAUCCAAUCGGUGGUGAACGGUGCAGAUGGCUGCAUCUUCUGCUUAGGCCAUGCCAACCUCGGUAAGACGUACACCAUGAUUGGUCGGGACUGCUCCACACAGAGCCUGGGUGUGGCUCCCUGCGCCAUCUCCUGGCUCUUCAAGCUCAUCGAGGAACGCAAGGAGAAGGCCGGGGCACGCUUCUCUGUCCGCGUGUCCGCCGUGGAGAUCUCCGGCCGGGACGAGGCGCUGACCGACCUGCUGUCCAAUGUGUCCACAGGCAGCCUGCAGGAUGGCCAGUCUCCGGGGGUGUACCUGCGCGAGGACCCCAUCUGCGGGUCACAGCUACAGAACCAGAGUGAGUUGCGUGCGGCCACUGCAGAGCGGGCAGCCUACUUUCUGGACACAGCCCUGGAGGCACGAAGCACCAGCCGCCCUCACUGCGAUGAGGAGGAGAGGAGAAACUCCCACAUGCUCUUCACCCUCCACAUCUACCAGUACCGCAUGGAGAAGAGUGUCAAAGGAGGAAUGUCUGGCGGCCGCAGUCGUCUGCACCUGCUGGAUCUGGGCAGCUGUGAGACAGACAUACGUCGGACUCGGGAAGGAGGUGGAGGCCAGUGUCUGUCGCUCUCUGCUCUGGGAAACGUCAUCCUCGCCCUGGCCAAUGGGGCCAAGCACGUACCCUACAGGGAUAGCAAGCUCACCAUGUUGCUGAGGGAGUCUCUGGGCAACAUCAACUGCCGAACCACCAUGAUAGCACACAUCUCUGACUCACCAACCAAUUACAUGGAGACGCUCACCACUGUGCAGCUGGCCUCGCGUAUCCACCGCAUGAGGAAGAAGAAAUCCAAGUAUGCAUCCAGCUCCUCUGGUGGUGAGAGUUCCUGCGAAGAGGGAAGAAUCCGCAAGCCACACUUGAGACCCUUCCACCCACGAACCGUGGCUCUUGACCCCGAUAUGCCCACAUUGCUGUCCAGUGACCCGGACUACUCAUCCAGCAGUGAGCACUCCUGCGACACGGUCAUCUACAUCGGGCCUGGUGGGACCACCAUUUCAGACAGAGAGCUCAGCGACAAUGAGGGCCCACCUUCCUUUGUUCCGAUCAUUCCCUCACUGAACAGAAAGCGCGGGAAAGACACCCAACGCCCGGAGGUGGAAUACUUCAAGUGCGACACGUUUGCUGAGCUCCAAGAGCGACUGGAGUGCAUUGAUGGCAGCGAGGGCCCAGCUGCCAUCACUGGGGAGGGCAAAGGGGCACAAAUAGCCCAAAGGACCAAUAGCCCAGAGGAGACUGUGUCCCCCAAGACUGUUAAAUCCCCCUCCCAAAAGCCUCUCGUUAGCACAACAACCACCAACACAGCUCCCGCUAAGUCUGAGCAGGAACAUUCCAAAUUGUCCUUAGAUGGAGGGGACCCAGAGAGUCACAAACGGACAAGUGCAGAUGGGGAGAAGGUUCUGGCCUGCGUGGUUAAGCCCAGUGUUUUGUUGCAAGACUCAGAGCCUGUGGUGCGAGAGAAGGUCUACCUCAACAAAGGGCCUACCGUACCUAAGCCUUCUGCCUCUCCUUCUUUGCCAAGAUCCUCCAGAACACCCUCUCAGGGCCUGGAUGCUAUCUGCCGUGCACCCCCUGUGGGCAUGAGUCAGCAGGCCCUAAGGCAAGGACAAUAUGGGGGGUCCCCGGUCCUGGAGAGGGCCCAUCAUGGCAGGAGUCCCAUGGAGAUGAGCCACCUUCGGGCAGCAUUGAGGGGCAGAUGCCUGGAGAGAGAUGUCCUGAGGACCACGAUCACCCUGCAGCAACCCAUGGAGCUGAAUGGGGAAGACGAGCUGGUGUUCACAGUUGUGGAGGACCUACCCAUAGGACUGGUCCCAGACAAUGGGCGGCCCUCCAGCAUCAUCAGCUUUAAUAGUGACUGCUCCCUUCAGGCCCUGGCCUCAGGCUCCCGUCCUGUCAGCAUCAUUAGCAGCAUCAACGAUGAAUUUGAUGCUUACACGGCUCAAGAGUGUGCAUCUGGGGUGAGCUCAGCCUCACAGGAGGAGAUGUUUGCCCAUCAUGGUAGCAGACAGUCUUCCAUUGGCUCCUGGCCGAGUGAAGUGAGCGUGUGCUCCCUGGAGAGCGACGGCACCCAUUCGACAAGUAGAUUCUUACAGAGGGCUAAGUGCAUGGUACCGGAGAACACCUCCAUAUUGUCCUCCCCUGGUAUAUUCCGUAGGGAGCCGUUCUUGCAGCAGGGUACCAAGAGCUCCCUAAAUGACAGUGGUGUCUGCUUCUCUGAGUUGGACAGUGACCCCGCAACCCCAAGCAAGCUCUCCCUAACUAAGUGCCCACCUUCUCCUGACUCUACCAAAGCAUCUCUCAGAGCAAACACUCUGAACACCUCAGCCUCUUCUCAGAUCCCACACCAUGCUGUUCACUCCAGUCUUCCCAGGAAAACCAAACCUACCUCAUCAGUUGCCCCAAGCUGCAGCAGGCAGGAAGGCAAGCAAGAUGAUCUCUGGUUGCGAGGGGGCGGCCAUUCGGAUCCUAGAGCGAUUGAAUCCACUGUGGCGAGUAAGCCACCCAGAAAUGGCGUGAGUGGCCUCCCUUCCAGGAAGCCGGGAGGAAACAGCAACAGUGUACCUCGACCGCCGAAAGCACAGGUAUCCUCCUCGACUCAGAGGGUGGUAGACGGUUGUGAGAAGUCCAGUAGCAAGAAAGCAGAGACCAUGAGCAGGAUGCCACAGCUCAGGCGAGGCGCCACCACUCUUGGCACAGUGUCAGUCCCCCACAGUUCCCCUGAAUCAAAAUGGGGCCGCGAUGGUAGUGGUAGUCUGAGAUUCUCCUCUUUGGGAAAGAAGGCAAAUGGACAGAAAAGCAGCAUGCUUCCAAAGUCUGGCUCUAUCUCUCCUCCUGCUCCACCUGUUCGCAAAUCAAGCCUUGAUCAAAAGACAAGGAUAGUCUUAUCUCCUAGUGCCUUAAGGGCAGCCAGCGACGCUGCAAGGUCCUCAUUGCCUAAAACAUCAGUAUCCGAGGAGGAAUUUGAUGUUCGAUUCAGAGGGGAUUUGUUUAGCUACAAAACAUCCAGCUUGAAGGCUGACCAUGGCUCAGCUAAGACAGCGUCAAGCCUGAAGACACGAGGAGCCAAAGGCGAUUCUGGAAGGUACUAUGGUAGCCUAAUGUCCUUGGAGAGAAGUGACAGUCUAACCUCAGUGAGGUCCAGACCUGGCCUGUCGAGAGAGAAUAGUGGCAUUAGUUUAGGAGACAAUGGAAAAUCCAAUAGAUCAGUGCCAAAACUUGGGGUUCCCACCUCCACUACUUCCACAUCCACUGCUACCUCUCCACCUUCCUCUACCACGUUUGCGACGUCAAGCAAGUUGGGACAGCUCAAAGCUAAUGUCAACCCCAGGGCCAUAGUUGCCAGUGGAUCAAAGGCUAGAACCUUGUCUGCCAGCAGUUCCAAGACCCUUAACUACUCCACCAAAUCUGAUGAUGCGCCAACCGCACGCAAUGCCAGCCUACCUCCAACAGGGAAACCUCCAGCUCGUUCUUUGGCAGGGACCAAUGGUAAUGGCAAGCCUGGCAGGGGCACUAUCAUGGGCACCAAGCAGGCCAUCCGGGCUGCCAAUAGCCGAGUUAGUGAGCUUGUGGCGGGAAGCCCAAGGAAACAUCUAAGCAGGGGUUCAGGGGACAAUGCCAACGAUAGCGGGGCAAGCGUCAGCGGAUCCCCUGUCAGCACGCCGCUGCCCUCGCCCUAUAGCAAGAUCACAGCCCCGCGGAGGCCCCAGCGUUACAGCAGCGGGCACGGUAGUGACAAUAGCAGUGUGCUCAGUGGGGAGCUUCCACCGGCCAUGGGGCGUACUGCGCUCUUCUACCACAGCGGGGGCAGCAGCGGGUAUGAGAGCAUGAUCCGAGACAGCGAGACCACAGGCAGUGCCUCGUCAGCCCACGACUCCAUGAGCGAGAGCGGGGUGUCCACCUCUAAUAGGAGUAGAGUGUCUAAAUCACCCAAGAAGAGAGGCAAUGGCCUCCAGCGGCGCCGUCUCAUCCCUGCUCCCCUGCCGGACACCUCCUCCCUGGGCAGAAAGGCCUGCGUACCAGGCCAGUGGGUGGACUUGCCCCCCUUGGGAGGGACCCUGAAAGAGCCCUUCGAGAUCAAGGUGUACGAGAUCGACGACGUGGAACGGCUGCAGAGGAGGCGAGAGGGUGCCACGGGGACAGAGCCAUUCCAGGAUGUGGAAAAGGGACUGCUGUACUUCAACGCAAGACUGAGGAUGCUGGAGAAGAGGCAACAGCGGAUCAGGGAGCUGAGGGCCAAGCACGAGAGGUUGAGUGGGGAAUUGGAGGAUGCCAAGAGCAGGCUGAUGCUGGACCCUGGCAAGUGGACCGGAGAGUUUGAGGUGGACCCCGAUCUGGACAAAGAGUCCCAGGAGUACCUGGAGGCUUUGGAGCAGGCCACGGGCGAACUGGAGUACUGUGUCAACCUAUGCAAGUCGCAUGUCAUGAUGGAGACCUGCUUCGACAUUGUGGUGUCAGCGACCGCUGUCACGCAAGGGGGGCAACAGAAAGGAGGUGUGGAGGUGUGAGAAAGUGAGAGCAAGUGAGAGAAAGUCGACGUGAAAGGGCAACGGAGCAAAACAAGCACUUCAGAGCCUGAGAGACUGAUGAUAGAGUCAAAGCAGGAGAAAAGGCGGAUGGGAAAGAGGACUAACGUGAAAGUCAACCGGUGUAGGUUACAGAGGUUACCAUAUGAAUAGAUAAAGGAACAGAGGUGCAGGUGUGCUUACUUGUACAGUAGAGAAAGCCUGGCCUAUCAGAGUACAAUUAAAUGGAACUUUGGACUAACAUUCUACGUUUCCUGUGGGAGGAAGGAAAGCUCUAACCGAGGACGACCGAACACCUUUGUCACCGUCACCAGAAUGUGCCUUGAUCAGACUGAUUCCAAGGGAAUAUCAUUUUUUUCUGACCAGUGUUAGUCUUAAAAACCAGCUUACCCGAGCAAACUCUAAAUGUAUUCCUUAUGAGAAAAAUUGUAUUUUGUAUUGUAUUGUUGUAUAGUGUAUUUAUAUGAUUACAAAGUAUGUAAAAAAAAUAAUAUCUUUUUGGGUAUGAUGAAAAAACAAACCAUGAAUAAAAUGAGAGAAAAACAAUAAGUUGAUCAUUAUUGCAUACCCGAACCUUUGCCUUUCUUUGUGUUCAAAAAUGUUUUACAGCCUUCACCGCCAGUAGUGAGAAGUUCUGUUGGCCAAUGAGUUUCCUUUGAGUAAGGACAAAUGUUACGCAAACGUUUUUAUCCGUUCCGAAUGUCUGCGCAAGUAGAAGGCUGUCAGGAUUGAUUUGAGCUCAAAACUGACUUGCGGUUGUUUAUAAGCUCAGUUUGCAGUCAGUUGUGCAGAAAAAUGUACAGUCCAUACGGAAUGGCACUGUCUCUUAUAGUUACCAUCAUCUUGCGAGAUUCUGAUCUGCAGAGAGAGAGAGAAAGAGAGAGAGAGAAACAUUCCCAAAGGUCUUUGCAGAAGUCUUUGACCUUGUGGCGUUUAACUAAUAUGACCGGUGGCAGCUCGUAAAUCAGCCAGUUGCCAUUUAAGUGCCCAAGACUUGAUUCAAUGCCCAGUUCUGCAGUGUGUUAAAGAGAACAAUGUUGAAAAUCUGUACCAGAUUCUGGACACAAUUUCACUCAUUUCUACCUGCUUGCAGUGUUGGGGUAUUAACAUAUUGUAUUUGUUUUGAAAGCUACCCUUUUCAUAAAAUAUAUACAUUUAUCAAACAUUUCACUUUAUAACAGGUCAAUUUGGGGGCUGGAUUGGUGAUGGAAUUGACCCAACUCUAGCUGAGCCAUUUCCCAUGGGUAUCCUUGUGAAUGAACUCACAAAAUAUGAAUGAGGUUUGAAAUGUAUGCCUAAACUUGUUUAAAUCAAGUGGCUAUGUGAAGGAAGCACAAUAUGAUGUCUGCCUCCGUAAGGGUUAGAGGUGAGAAGCCAAAAGGAUGACCUGCCAACAGCCAAUGAUAUGAGGAAACUAGUUCUGACUAUGCAUUCCACCCCCUUUUCACCCACCAAUGUGCAGUGAGUCUAAUACCACAAAUACCACAGUGCUGGGUUAUUCACUAUAUAGAUGUUGCACUGUUGCUUUUUGUCCUAAAUGCUGAAUGCUUGUUUAUCUCAAAUGGUUAUUUGGUCUUCCUGCAAGCCCUAUGUUAGUACGUCAUCUCUGAGAACUUCUCUAGAGUCGUAUCAAUGGGCUCAUUGGGCCAGAUAGGGUAUAGAUGCAUUGGGCCAGAUAGGGCAUAGAUGCAUUUUCAUUUCCCUCUGGACUGUCAAGAAGUCAAACAGUUACCUCUUGGCUGUUUCAAGUGUUUUCCUUCCCUUGUAAACAUAUACUGUACGUCCGUGUUAAAUGACCUCGGUUAAGAGGUGGAAACCAUCUAAUGAAAAUAUACUCUUCAAAAGAAGACAAAAGUCCUACCAUGGAGGAAUUCUCAGGCCCUUUUUAGAAGUUGCUGCAUGAGAUCAAUCUUAUCAUUUUCGUAACAUGCCUUGGUAUUCAGUUUGAAAAAAAGUUUAGCCAAACAAACACAUUUCUGAGAUGUGUUGACCAGGUAAUGUAAGAUAUUUAAUAUAUAAACCCUUUUUCCUAUUGUCUUUGGUUUUAUACUGCACAGUUUUCUAAUAAUUUGUAAAAAAAAAAGUAAAAACAAAGGAAAUGUAUAGUAUUACAGUUUGCAUUGAUUCAUACGUGUCAAUAAAGGAUCUUAAUCCUCUUGUUUCUA